AUGGAUGACCUCUUGCUGAGUAUUCAAUGGAUCCUGUUUGCUAAACGACCGCUAAAGCUGGGCGGAUUCUACUACGCUAUACUUUCGGCAAACCCAGACAACCUAACAGAUGCAUGGGAGCCUGGAAGCAUCUGCCCAGACGAUAUGUCACGCUUUCUUCUUGACUCUUCAAAAGGUCUGGCUGAAGUAACAAAGUCCAAGGACAAGACGGUUCAGUUUAUCCAUGAAUCCGUGCGGGAUUUCCUAUUGAAAGAAAAUGGCCUCCGGGAACUUUGGCCCGAGCAUCAACAUAGAUUUGAGGCUUUAAGCCAUGACCAAUUGAAGAAAUGCUGCAACAAUUUUCUUCAAACCGACUGUCGCAAACAUAUCCCUAUGGACGAAGAUCUACCGUCCGCGUCUAGUGAAGACGCGCGAAUGUUGCGGCAGACUCUUGCAGAGCAAUUUCCCUUUCUUGAAUAUGCGGUGCGCAACCUUCUCCACCACGCGGAUGUAGCGGAAAGGGAUGGGAUACAUCAAGAAACCUUUCUGCGAGAUUUGGACUUCUUGGGCUGGGUACGCUGCAGUAACGCUAUCGAAAGGUAUCAAAUUCGUCGCCAUACACCAUCUGCAAGUCUUCUCUAUGUUCUUGGGGAAUACGACCUACCCAACCUGAUCAGGACGGUGCGCAAGAGGAAAUCAUGCAUAGACGCAGCAGGGGAACGCUAUCGUCAACCCCUAUUUGCUGCUAUGGUGAACGGAUGUGAGGCUUCCGUGAGGGCGCUUCUGCAACCGGAUGAGGCCUUCCGAAACAUCGAUGGAGCCUAUGAAGUUGCCCAAACCCUAAAGUAUGACUCCUUGCUAUCCUUUGCCGCCGAUGCAGAGGGAGGUGGGCUUUUCCUGGCAGCGUGCCAUCAUUGUCAUAUGAACGGGGUCGAAUUAGGCAAGUUGAUAUUUCAGGCAGCCAACGACGAAAACAAGCAUCUCCUACAAUUUAUGAGUAUGGCCUAUCCAUUGGAGAUUCAGACCUACGUGAGGGACUCUAUUUGUGGAGACAAAGCCAUGUUUGGGUCAACGGUGAACGUCGAUGUCUCCGGGCAUAUAUUGGCUACAGGCUAUGUCGAUCCCAAUGCACAAGAUUAG